AUGACAACAGAUCAAAUGAUAACAACUAAUGCUUAUCGAUUGUUUAUAAAUCGUUUAUGUCAAUCUUGUCCUUUAAAAAAUCAUUGUUGUUUGCUAAACAAAUUUAUUGAAGAACAGGAAAGAAUAUCACUUGAAUCGACUUCACUAAAUCGUUCUGAUAUACAAACAAUAGAUAAGAAUCUUAAUGUUUCAUCUCUUCAACAUUGUUUUCUAUGUCUUGAUAUUUUACAUCGUUAUACUUCCGAUGAAUUUGUUCAACAAAUUAAACAAGUUGCUCAAUUAACAACAAUUGAUUUUCAAACAUUUUGUUGUAAUCUUUCUUUACCAAUGAAUUUAUUUAUUCGACAUACAUAUUUACUAAAGUUUUUAACAAAAUUUGUUGGCGAAUGUAAUGAAAAAGAUUUGCCUAUUAUUAAAGAUCAAUGGCGAAAUCUAAUGAUUGAUCGAUUAGAAGAAGAACUUAAACGACCAUAUGAAAUUGAUAGUCCUUUCGAAAUUAAUAUAACAUUUGAAUUUAAUAAAGAAAAUGAAGAACUUAAUUUUUUAAGAAAAUUUCGUUAUGCUGAUAAUCCUAAAUUACAAGUAAGAUGUUGUUUAAUUAAAUUAUAUGACCAUUGUUUAUUUUUCUUAUCAGUACCAAUAAGAAUAGCAUCACUUGUACAAUAG